AUGUCUGAAGAUUAUCGCCGUACUCAAUCGAAUGAGGCAGCACUUGAGCAAAUGGUCCUUAGGGAUAUCAGGGAUUUGCUGCAAUCCAUGGGAAAGGAUAUUAAACUCUAUGGACUUCCGGAUCUGGUUGACGCAGAUGGUUCUUCUAACAUUGACAAUACAGAGGACAUAAUGGAUCAUGUGACAAACCAAAAAAGCCAGAUAUUCUUUGUUGACGGUCCAGGAGGCACUGGGAAGACGUACCUGUACAAGGCGUUGCUUGCAAAGGUCCGUUCGAUGGGUCUAAUAGCGAUCGCAACUGCUACAUCAGGUAUCGCAGCGUCGAUAAUGCCUAGAGGCCGGACUGCACACUCCAGGUUCAAAAUUCCAAUCAAGCUCACUGACAACAGCAUGUGUAGCUUCACAAAGCAGAGUGGUACGGCAGAGUUGCAUAAACAGGCGUCCUUGAUAAUUUGGGAUGAAGUUGCUAUGACAAAGCGUCAAGCAGUUGAGACACUUGAUAGAUCGCUGCAGGAUAUAAUGGAAUGUUCUUUACCAUUUGGUGGAAAGAAGAUCCGCAAGAUACGCCUCACACGCAAUAUGCGGGCACAGACAGACCCUUGGUUCUCGGAAUACCUCCUACGGAUCGGCGAUGGGACAGAAGAAACAAUUGGCGACGACUAUGUGCAUCUCCCUGAAGACAUUGUGAUUGCUUAUACCGACGAUGAUGAACCUAUUAACAAGCUUAUCAAAGAUGUCUUCCCAUCCCUGCACACCAAUGCUAGGUCGAGAGAGUACAUGAGCACACGUGCAAUUCUCUCGACCAAAAAUGAGCAUGUAGAUGACCUGAAUGACAAGAUGAUCUCUAGGUUUCCGGGCGAAGAAAAGGUGUACCAUAGCUUUGACUAUAUCGAGGAUGACUUCCAGAAUAAUUACACAAUUGACUUCCUGAACUCGAUCACACCAAAUGAGUUGCCCCCGCAUGUCUUGAGAGUAAAAAUCAACUGCCCGGUCAUUUUGCUACGGAACCUCGACCCUCAUAAUGGGCUAUGUAAUGGAACACGGCUUAUGAUCAGGGCCUUCCAGGAUAAUGCAAUCAAUGCAUAG